AUGGUCUGGCCAUUCAGUAGAUUCUCUUCCAAACCCGUGGAUGAGAAAUCACCAAAGAUCUCGCCAAAACUACAACAACCUGAGGGAUGCGAAAUAGCUACAGUGGCAGCAGGCUGUUUCUGGGGAGUGGAACACGUCUUUCGACACAAGUACGAGGGAAAGGGGCUAUAUGAUUGUAGAGUGGGUUACUCUGGAGGUGCCAAGGAAAGCCCAAGUUAUCUGAAGGUGUGCACUGGCCUCACCGGACACGCCGAGGCUCUCCAGAUCUCGUUCGACCCCAAACAAAUCUCUUAUCCUGAACUCAUUGAGCUCUUCUUCAAAAUGCAUAAUCCCACCACCCUCAAUCGUCAAGGUAGUGAUAAGGGCACCCAAUACCGAUCAGCCAUAUUCACACACAAUGAUACUCAACAGAAAGAGGCAGAAGCAGUAAAGAACAAAAUGGAGGAGACCUUUUACAAGAACCCCAUUGUAACUGAAAUUGAACCGAUUUCUUCCUUCUUUGACGCAACAGAAAACCACCAAAAGUAUCUCAACAAGAACGUCAACGGAUACACCUGUCCCACACAUUUCAUUAGGACUCUUCCUGAGAAACACGUUGCAUAA